AUGCUGCUGUCCAUCGACACUUCUUCGCGCUACGGCGGAGCCGCCCUCGCCGAUGGCGAUGGACAAUUGCUGGAGGUCCGUGUGUGGCGGUCUGCCGCCAAUCACACCGCACAACUGAUGCCGGCUGUAUCCGAGUUGUUGACCGGGCGUGACAUACGAGCCGCGGAACUGACCGGGGUGGCCGUCGCGCUGGGACCCGGGCCUUUCAGCGCGCUACGGGUGGGUGUGAGCGCCGCCAAGGGGCUGGCCAUCGCCGGCGGAUUUCCCAUAGUCGGCGUGGACACGCUGCUCCUGGAGGCGUGGCGGUAUUUGGACCCUGCGCUGCACGGGCAACGGCCGGAUGCGCUGGUCCCCAUAUCCUGGCUGGAUGCCGGGCGCAACGAGAUCGCGGCGGGCGCGUUCGGUGUUGGUGGCCAACGAUUGGGGGACGACCGGGUCGCGUCGCCGGCCGAACUGCUACGGCAGGACGCGGAGGAUCAACGGGCGGCCAUCUAUUGCGGCGAGGCGGCGUGGGCUCAGCGGGAAGAGAUCGCCGCGCUGAUCGGGGAUGGUCCCGCAUGCGUCGUCAUGCCCUGGACGCCGGCCGACCGCUUGUGGGCCCUCGCGGAGAUGGCUGCCGGGCGGUUGUCCGAAGGUCAUGCUGACGACCUGUCCAGCCUUCAGCCGUAUUACCUGCGGAUGCCGACUAUCGGCGCACCCCGCCAGCGUGACCGGGUUCGCCAGGGACGGCCAUCUUCGUCUUAA